GUGGGAUGCGAGACCUAUCCCACCAUAUAUGAUCACACCAAAGAUCCAAUAUAUAGCACUAUUCGUACGGACUGAGAAAGAUUUGAUGUUCAGCGGUGAUAGGUAGUGUGUUAGUGGGUUUUGUUAUUCUCCUCAACACUUACUGGAUAAAUUUAAGAUGAAAGUGGCCCUCUUUGUGCUAGCUGCUUUCGCAGCUGCAGCCAUGGCAGAUCCAGCAAUCAACCAAAUAAGGCCGGUUUCCAACAGGCCUGGAAGAUUUUUAUCACUGCCAAACCCACAAAAAUGUGCCAAUCGCCCAAAGCAAUUCUUCUUCAGAGGCCACAACUACUUCUUCAGCGGACAUGUACCUGAGCUCGCUGGAAGGAAAGUAGACUGGUUAGAUGGAAGAAAUAUCUGUAGAGAAUACUGUAUGGACUUAGUCUCUCUUGAAACCCAAGAAGAGAAUAAUAUGAUCUUCAGACUGAUUCAACAAAAUGAUGUACCAUACAUCUGGACCUCAGGUCGUCUUUGCGACUUCAAAGGAUGCGAGAAUCGUCCAGAUCUCGAACCCAAGAAGGUGUUCGGAUGGUUCUGGUCCGCAAACAGGGAAAAGAUGGCGCCCACCAACAGGACCCCCAACGGAUUCAGCUAUAACCCAUGGUCACAAACUGGUCACAAGAAACAGCCCCAACCGGACAAUGCCGAAUUCGAUAUCAAUGGAACCAGCGAGUCUUGUCUUUCUAUCCUUAACAACGUCUACAACGAUGGCAUCGCUUGGCAUGAUGUUGCCUGUUACCAUGAAAAGCCGGUUGUAUGUGAAGAUUCCGAUGAGUUGCUGAAUUACGUAGCUUCAACAAAUAGAGGAAUUCGUUUGUAAAUAGUGAACAAAUCUUCAGUUUCUACCUUCAAAGUUAAUUCUUACUAUAAACAGAUUUCGUUAUUGUAAAUGUAUAUUUAUUUUUUGAUAAGUUUAAUUUUUUAAGAUAUGUACAAAGCGAACUUAUUCAAAAUGAUUUGAAUUGAUGAUAGUAUAAUAUUGUGAACAAUAAGAACAAAUCUAUUCAAUUAUACGUAUUUGAAACCCUGCCAAUGUUUACUGAAAAUAUUACCAAAUUGUGGAAACAAUAAAAUUCUCUCCAAAA